AUGUAUUUUAUGAGAAACAUCUUCUCACUUUUAUUUUUCUGUAUGUAUGGAGUGCAUUUGGAAGAGACCUUUUUUCGACAAUAUAAAGCUGAGCAGGAGUUUGUCAAUAAGCAGGUGCUUGACAAUGUACUAUCAGAGGUCAACUGUCCCUCAAUUAUAAGGUGCACUGGUCUCUGUUGCCAGGUGGACUGCGGAUGUUUCGGAUUCAGCUCCAUGGUUAACAAAUGUCGCGUCCAUGCCUUUUGUAGACUUGAGAGUACACUUGUUGACGAUGCAGGGUGGGAGUACUACCGAACAUCGUGGAUAGACUUCAUGAAUUCACAGUACUGGGUUGGUAAGGAUCUUGUAACGUGGCACGGAGCAGAAGUAAUAUGCAGAAACAUCGGCGCCAACUUAGCAGAGAUUGAAUCACCGGAAGAAGAUAAUUUCAUUCAUAGCCUCGUUUCCCAUUUGAAAGAAGACAUCUGGUUGGGUGCGACGGACAUCGCCGAGGAAGGCACGUGGUUGUCGGCGGAGAAAAACACGACGCUCACAUAUGUGAAUUGGUAUCCAGGGCAACCGAACAACUACGGCGGUAACCAGAAUUGCCUCUGUCUUUACGAACCUUACCCGUAUGAUCACGCGUGGUGUGACGACGUGUGCAGUAUGCUGCACCAGUUUGUGUGUGAGAGGAAGGCGUUUUGAGACUAUUACUUCGUAUAUGGAUGGUAUGGGAUAGGAUAGGAUAGGAUACGAUAUGAUAGGAUAGAGCUAUUUUGCAGGAUAUGAUGCAGGAUACAGGAUAAAGGAUAUGAUAGGAUUGUUUUGUCAACUUUCACGAUAGCAGAACUGUACUUCGUUUAGAAGAUGCAAAUAA